AUGCCUAGUCCAAGCUUCUUUAGAUCCCAUAUCUUGAAACGUAUAUCAGUUUGUCCUGCCCGCCUCUUCCAACGUGUAUUUCCAACCUUUCACUUUCCGUCUCGUCUCGUCUGCUCGCUCUACUCAAAGUUUCUUGUUUCCUAUUUUCUCGCUUUUGACUUCCUGUUUCUGCUUUUCAGUUGUCACGUCACAGUGUGCCAGGUUGUUGUUAUUUUUGGGGGCAGCAAUAGCCAGUGCCAGACCGAUAACCUAAAGCUUAAAGAGGCGGACAAACCGACAACUCGGGAACCUCAUUAAAAAACCUACUUCACCUCCCUCCCACCAGCCAAAAGCCAACCAGAGCCUUUCGUGUUGCCCUGUCGAUCCAUUAUCGCUCCACUUGGGAUCCGGACAAGAAAGAUUCUAUUCUUCUUAUAUCGCCCGCGAAUUCCGAAUUGACCUCAACUCAAUUCGUUUUUUAAAUAGUCGCAUCUGUAUCGCCUUUGUCGACUCUAUCUAGUUUCAGUCGACAUUGCGCAAACUGUAUUCGGACGUCGCUACGUUCUUCUAUUUUCAGACCGCCAUACCUCAUGUUUCGACGAUACGCGCUCGGCUUUUCGAGCGUCCAGCGACAGCUCUCAACCAUGAGCAACUCCAACACUCCCGUUGAGGAUCUUAUUCGAGCAAAGAUCACGGCAGCCUUCAAUCCCCAAACUCUCGAGAUCUACAAUGACUCUCAUCUUCACUCUCACCACAAGGCCAUGGAACACACUACCUCCAGCGAGACACACUUUCGCGUGGUCAUCACCUCUGACGCUUUCAACUCCAAGAUGCAGCCUGCCCGUCACCGCAUGGUCUACGCCCUUCUCCGCGAUGAGAUGGCCCAGGAGAACGGCAUCCACGCCCUCCAGCUGCGCACCAUGACUCCCGAGGAAGAAGCCCGCCAAAGGAAGAAGAAGGAAGACGAAGCCGCUGCCCGUGCCGCCCGAGCUGAAGCCGAGGAAGAGUGAAAAUAGCACUCUCCUCGCCAGCAAAAAAAGACACGAAAACAAAAACCAUAAUGACCGCUAAUGACAGAAUGACGACCUCAAGGCUUAACAACACCGGGAUUUCUUUUUUUUUUUUUUUUACCCUUACUCUCAGCAAAACCAAAAACAUCACCAAUUUGGGAACAGCAGAAAAAAAAAAAAGGAACAAAGGCGAAAAGGGAUGGGCAGCGAGAGUAGUUCGUGCCACGGAGUGAAGACGCAAACAAAAUUGAUUGGGACCAAAAAUUGAAACAAGAUUGUAUGAUACCCCCCUUCGUGGAAAUGAGACGACGACUGGCAGUGGGGGCGAAGAUAAAUCUUGUUCUUGUUACACGGAAUGAUGGGAGAUUGAAGUUGAGUAUCUUGACGAGGAAAGGCAACUGGACACCAAGGACUCUAUUUCUUUUCUAAUACUUCUCCCAUGUUCUGCAUCGUCGCCAUGCUGUCAGUUCAUUAAUUAAGCCAGGUUCUCAGUCGAACCAGCUACCUAGCUUACCAUAGAAAUGUUGCCCACGCACAAUAGACUGUUCUUUCCGCCACCGAACAAUUUCUUUUCAUGCAAUUGAGUCUAUGGACCUUUCCCGGCCGGUGAUAAUUGAUAAUAUAAUACUAUACAGUCAUGAGAAUGUUGCUGACGGCAGUUCUGCAGGUCCAACAACAAUUUUGGGUAUCAGAUAUAACAUAAAACAAACGCUUUAGCCUCCCCGAAAGUUUCGAUCGUCAACAUUACUGUCACUUAACGUAAUCUCGAUCCCAGCGCCUUUCCCGAUUCGCGAUUCUAUUCAAACCGGCCACUGCUGCUUCGACGAUCCUGCGCCCCUGUUCCCUUCGAUCUUCUGAAAUGUUCUCGAAGCUUCUCAAGAUCCUUGGCAGAACGUUUCUUUGGUGUUGCCUUCAGUAGGUCCGCAGAUAUCUUUUUGAAAUACUGUGAUGGUCGAGGAGCCGUCGACUUGAUUGCUGAGCCUCCUAUAGUAGAUGGUGGUAACAUUGAGGUAUGUGGCAUUUGGGGUGAAGUGGGUGGAGGAGACUGAGUCAAGAUCUCUUGAACUCGUGAGGACUGGAGUGGCCUUCUCUCUGAAGCUGGAUUCCGUCGUCUGAUGUUCGACUGCGCAGGAGUGAUGGGCUUCGCUGUUGGCAUAGGCUUCGAGACUAUCUCCAAAUCAUUCGUCGAUGCCAAUGAUGGCCUUUGUUUGCUGGAAGUUGAAGGAGGCGCGGACGGAAUCUCAGGGAGGUCGAUUUCCAUAUCAUUCUCGAUAGUUGCAAUUGGCUGUGGUGACAUGACGCUUUCCCUCUCCGAAGAACGUUGGGAUGAUGGGGAAACCGAACGCUGGCUGUCGUCCUCAUCAAACUCACCCUCGUCUUCCGAGCUUGUAUAGAUCAUUAUGUCAUCCCCGCCAGCAUCAUCUCCGCUUUUCUUUGAUACCAGCUCAUUCGCGCGUGCGAACUCAUCGGGGUACGAUCUGAGGAUAUGACUCAGAUUGCCCCUGUUCACAAGAUACUUAUUAUAUACCAAGGGGCCUUUUUGCUGAUUGAACCACUUGAUGGCAACCAUGGGUUCCAUACGGGAGCGUUUGACGUACUCCCCAUAAGAGCACGGGUAAGCUCGGAUGAACUCGUCAUAUAGGCAGUCUCGAAGCUGCUUCCUCGGACGUAGGUAGUUGAGGUAUACACAGGCAUAAAUGAAGUUGGACUUGGUCCCGGGCAGCUUGUCACCCCCAUUUUCACCGGGGUAGUCUGGAUAUUGCUGCACAAAUGCUUCGUAGGGUUCCAGAGGAGCCCCUGGCGCUAUAAGUGGCGCAGGAGCAGGCGGCUUUUCUGUCAUCAUCUGGUCAUUUAUCUGUGAUUGAGAAUUCGUUGCUGCAGUCGCCUUUGACGAACCCAUCUGGGAAGAUGUGGUCGGUUGUUGUAUGGGCUUGCUCUCGUCACUUGGCUUCUUCUCGUCAGUGCCGUGGACAACCGGGCGAUUUACAGUUGAUCCAUGAAAGUUGGUCGAGGGAACAACUUCCUCUAUAUGGUCCGUCGUUUCAUCUUCCUCCUUCAUUUCAAUUGACUCUCUGAUGUCUCUGACAGACUCUUGUGUGGUGGGUAUACCCGUGAAUGGGAUAAUAGAAUCGGACGAUGCUGGCAUUGAACUGUCGACGACUUUUGCGGGCAUUAUAGUCGGCGGCAGACGAUCUUUUUCGUUAUAACCUUUCCUCCUUUUCCAACCCACACCGUCCAUAUCGAUUGGUUUGAAUCUUAAUCGACGAGUCUUCGGGCUCUCACUUCCGCGAAUAUUUUCUUUGCUUGUGAAUACGGUAUUUGGCACCACCGUUUGAGCUGUGUUGCUUGGUUGAGCGCAUGGCGGUGUAGCCAUGGUCCUGUUCGUGGAUAGCGGAGAUGGUGCAGUCGGCUUAGACCGCACUGCCGUUCUAUUGACGGAGCCAUUGUGAAGAGGCUGAGCAUCUGGAAUCCGUGUUUCCAAAUCGUCUUCAGUCUCCCCGGACGAAGGCAGGUUCUCAAUGAUUGGCUUUGAAAUUGGCCGCUGUGGUCGUCCGAAGCCUGGUUUUGGUGUUUCGUGGACAAUGGAUGACUGGGUGUUAUGGUCAACUACAGCUACCGCUAUACAAUCUGCGUCUUUUGAGGGAAUGCGCUCUGGCGUUGGAUGCCAGGACACAGCACGCUCGGGAGAUGAUUGUGGGGGCCUCCCAUGGUCGGAUCUAGGUGUGCUUGUGAUGCCAUUAUGUUUCCGUUUAUUGCUUGGUGAUGUUAUGGGACUCCCACUGCGCUUUUUCGAGAUUGGAAUACGCUCUUGAAUUAUGUCUUUGUUAGCAACAUACGUUGCUUUCACUGUCUCAAGAACGUGUCCUGGAAGGUGCGAUAGGCCGUGGGGCGUGUUUUCCAACUCGACUGCCCAUGAGUCUGGUCUUUCGAGCAGUUCUUUCUGAUCGGAGGGAAUGUUGGUAACGCGAUGCCGGUUGAAAAGCUCCGUAAUGUCCCGAUCAGGGGACGAUUUGGGAGACAUUGGGAUGCGAAAGAUUGCCCACAACCUGUCGCGAUGUAUGGAUGCUACAUGGGAGGCUUCGAUGAAGAAUCUAUGCGACGGGGCGAAGAGAUCGAAGGAAGGUGUGCGGCAAGGAUAGGAUUUUCGAGACGUGCGACGUAUGCGAUAGAUGUAUGGGGGUAUUCCUUUUGCAGAUAGAAAGUUUUGUGUGAGAUAACAAUGGACCUCUUAGAGUGAAGAUUGAGUGAAAUGCUUUCUCGAGAGCUCGAGGUCUAUCGAAUCGAAACGAAAUCC